AUGGCAGAAGCCGAAGUCUGGCCUGUCAAUGAGAACGCAGUUCACAAUAACAACAAUAACGUAGAAGAAGAUGAAUGGGGCGUACCAGAAGACGAAGAGCCCAAAAGAAUCAACCGCGUCAAAAAGCACAUGCCCGACCAUGAGGGUUCCGAAGGACGAGUCAAGUCCGCGGAGGGCAAAGAGCCCAGGCGCGGUAACAAAGAUGACGGCGCUGAAUGGAUGAACGACAAUGACGAACCAAGCUCUGGACGGCGAGAACGCCCUGACAAAGGAGCUGACCGAGAUCGGGCAGAACGACGGGAUCGGACCACACAUGACCGCGAUCGAGGGGACGGUCGACGAGACGAUCGGAACCAAAUGGAUCGACGAGACCGCGGAGAUGGCCGUCGAGACCGUGGUGAGCCUAAAUCUCGAGAAUACGGAGAUCGGGGCGAUUAUCGCAACGAUCGGUAUCGAAAAGACAACAGCCGUAGAGGAAGCCGGGACCGAGGCGAUUCUGGCUACCAAGGUCGUGAUAGAGGGCAAGUUAUGGGUUAA